GGCGUAGAAAUUCAGAACCUUGAUCUGUUCCACUUCUGUUGUUUUGACUAGUCCUCAGGAAAGCUCCUGAGCUUGCAAAAGGACUUCACUGUUCAAGAUUAGAAGUGCAGAUUUACCACUAAAAUGUAGGGUAAGCCAAGGAGAACCCUAACAACAAAAUCUUGUUGGUCACUGUAACCUGCUCUUUCUCUUUUUGUUUUGUUAUACUUUUGGGAUUAUGGGGGUAGAUGUUUUGUUUUAUUUUGCUUCCAUGUGCUUUUAUGCACCAUUUUUGGUAUGUUUUAUAUUUGUUGCUAGUGUCCUUCUAAUGAUAGUGAUCGUAGCAGAAUGAUGUGCUGCUUAAUAGUACUUGAGAAAUGUUUGUAUGGUGGAAUAUUGGUAUUAUGUUAAUAACUAGUACUAAUAGUAAUGUUUACUUGUAAUUUCAGUUGUGAUUAGUACCAGUACUUGGACUUGUGAAAGAAGGUUCUUUGUGAAAGAAUAAGAAUGAAUACAGAUAUGGAUGAUCUUAUCUUUGUUUCAUGUUAAGUAGAAGCCCAGGAGCAGCACUCAGAAAAAACUGUGCUUGGUUUGCAGCAGCCUUGUAUGACCUUGUUAAGAGAGAAGCUGAGUGACUUGUCCCCUUUACAAAAGGCUAGAUUCAAAGAGACUUUGUGUUACAUUUGCGUUCUUCAAAACUGUUGAGCAGAAGGUGCGAGGAAAUACAAGUAAUAACUUGACUUCAGUGUUGGUGGUCUGCUGGAUCUUAACAUUUUAUUUAUUUUGUUUCUUUUUGUCCCUGAUAGGGUCUGCUGGCUUGUAAACCAUUGUAUCCUGCUUGCUUCUCAGAGACUUGGCUUGGACUUGUGCUGUUUUUCAUACGGCUUUCAUGAACAGAUUUUCUAUUUUGUACAUACAUUGUUUUGUAUAUACUGUAUAUGAUGACUUCGGUGGGCAGUGAACGUACCCGGGGCACUCGGGACAAAACGCAAAUUUCAACCACACAGCCAAUACAACAACAGAAACAAGUAGUACAGGCAACAGCAGAACAGAUUCGCCUUGCUCAGAUGAUCUACGAUAAGAAUGAUGCAGAUUUUGAAGAUAAAGUGAAACAACUUAUGGAAGUGACGGGGAAAAACCAGGAUGAGUGCAUAGUGGCACUACAUGAUUGUAAUGGGGAUGUGAACAGAGCAAUCAACAUACUGCUGGAAGGAAGUUCAGACACGACUUCUUGGGAGACUGUAGGGGGAAAGAAGAAAAGCCUUGGAAAGGAAAGUUCAGAAAACAAAGAGAACAGAGAAAAACGAGGGGACAGAGAAGUGAGUCGUGGACGGGGAAGUUCCAACAGACGGGGAAGAGGAGGCAGCCGUGGCCGAGAGAUUAGAGCUGAAGAAAAUGGAGUAGACAACAAUCAAGGAGACAGGCCUUCAGACCGUGGGAAACGUGGCCGUGGGAGAGGGUUUGGACGUGGCAGAGGGAGAGGAGCGGGGAGGUUUUCAGCCCAAGGCAUGGGGACAUUUAACCCCGCAGACUAUACGGAGUCUUCUGCCACUGAUGGCUUUGGGACAAAAUCAGAGAUUUGGGAGACUGGUCAGAACGAUGCAGAUGAUGGAACUGGUGCAUGGAAAAACUCAAUAGAAGAAUGGACUGCAGAAGACUGGAAUGAAGAUCUUUCUGAAACGAAAGUCUUUACUGCUUCUUCUGCUCCAGCUGAGAAUCAUGUGACUCCUGGGCAAAGCAUUGAUAUGGUGACGUUGCUUCAAAAGCCGAUGACUUGUACUCAAGAGACAGAAGGCAAUUCAUUUGAGGCUUCUCAGCAGCAGACCUUUGGCCAAGCUCUAGUCUUCACAAAUUCUCAGCACAGCAACCAGAUGGCAUCAGGAACUGGCAGUUCCAGUGCUGUAAACUCCUAUUCCCCUCAGAGUCUGUCUGCAGUUCUUUGUUCUGGCUUUGGAGAUCUUGGAUCUUCCAAAUUGGCAAACUCUACUGGAUCCCAAAUCUUAGACCAACUGAAAUCUCCAGGUUUGGGCCAACUUACUUCUCAACAAAACAAUAGCAGCUCUACCACCACUACUACAACUACUCCAUCAUCUUGGGAUCUAAAAGCACCCAUUACUCAGUCCUCAGUCCUUAGUCAGUUUGACUUUAAAUCCCAGCCGGAACCAUCCCCAAUUCUGAGCCAGCUGACCCAACGACAGCAACAACAAACACAGACAGUCCCUGUACCUCCUCCUGGGCUGGAGUCCUUCUCCUCCCAGGUAAAACUCCAAGAGCCCUCGCCGGUAGACACCUCUACAGCUGUCAGCAAGAUCUUACAGCUCCCCACUAUGUCUAUGGAUAACCAGGCAGUGACAGCCCAUCAAACCCAACAGAAACAGAUAAAACCACCAAAGCGAAGAAUAACUCCAGCAUCCAAGAUUCCUGCCUCUGCAGUGGAGAUGCCUGGGUCAGCUGAUGUGACAGGGUUAAAUGUUCAGUUUGGAGCUCUGGAGUUUGGAUCAGAGCCUGCACUCCCAGAGUUUGGAUCAGCUUCAAGCAGCGAGAAUGCCAGCCAGGCAACCAACAAUAGCUUGUACUCAAAAUCUGUAAAUGAUCCUUUGAAUACCUCUUUGCCAAUAUCCAAUCCAGUACAGGAGUCCACCUACACAACCUCUGCCAUCUCCUCUUCCAGUCUGACCUGCUCAUCCCAGAGCGCUAGCCCAGUAACAACAACUUCCUCCUAUGAUCAGACUUCUGUGCAUAGUAGGAUACCGUACCAAAGUUCCAUGGCUCCAUCAGAUCCAACUCCAGUUGCAGUUACGAAUGGGCACAGUGGUGUUAGAACACAGGCAACUCUUGACACUACUUCAUCAGUUUCAGUGUCUAAGACAGAGCCUUCUCCCUCACUACCUUCUGCUGGUUCGCUGCCUAGCGUGGUAUCCACUACCACUUCGCUUCUGCCUUCAGCAUCACAGCAUGUGGCAACGUUGCCCAGCUUGCCUCAGUCCAACGACUUGGCCAGCAGCUCCCUCUCCCAGCUAAGCAGCUCACUUUCCAGUCAUCAAACUAGCCUCUCCCCUGCCUCAGUGUUAUCUUCAGGCACAUCACAUGCACACACUAGUGUUGAGAACACAACUUCGCUCCAGCCCUCAACAACCUUUUCAGCUGCUUCAACCUCAGCCACUAGCACCACAUCAUCAGUUGUCAGCAUGGCAAGCAGUAUGAACACUACAAACAGCCUUGGCCUGAGCGUUACCAGUGUGUCUAUACCAGCUGCUACCACACGGGCAGCUCCUUUAGUGUCUUCAGGCAAAGCUCCCCCCAACCUGCCCCAGGGUGUACCACCCUUGUUGCAUAACCAGUAUAUUGUGGGACCUGGAGGACUUCUACCUGCCUACCCACAGAUUUAUGGUUAUGAUGAUCUCCAGAUGCUUCAGUCCAGGCUGCCAAUGGUAAGUAAAUAGUUUGAGUUUGUUUCAUUAUAAACAAAUGACCUUUAGAGUUGAUCAUCUGUACCACACAGAGUACAGAGUAUGUACAAUACAAAUUGCAUCAUAUAACGGUGAUCAAGAGCUUAUCCGU